AUGGACCACGUACUGCGAACAGUGGGAUGGUUCGUACGUACACCCGAAGUACCGAAAGACGGCGCUAAACUCUGCACGAUUGCUCUCUCCCAUUACUGUGAGAAAGCUCGUUGGGCCUUGGACUUGUCGCCCCUACGCGACACGUACAUCGAAGACGCCCAUGCCCCUGUCUUCCAUUAUCGACCAACGGUCGCCUUAACCAAGGACCGGAAGAAAACAGGCUUGCCUGUCCUGGUGCUUCCCGGAGUGGACCCUGAGGGCCCGCCCACUGUUGUUCAGGACUCUGCUGAGAUCCUCCAGCACCUUGCCUCCCUGUAUCCGAAGGAGCUGGGGCACUUGUACCCUCCUGGAGAUAUGGGGGACAAGGUACGGGCGUUGGAGGAAGCUGGGAGAGCAGCUGGGGCCUGCGACGCGUAA